AUGGCCAUGCUCGCGCUCGAUGACGCCGCUCACGGCUCACGACUCACGAGGACCGACCGACGCCAGUGCGCCGCGGCCGCGUCUGGAGAUCGAUGGGUGCACGAGUCACCCAGCGGCUCCAUGCGCAUCGUCGUAGAGAAGAUGGAGGGAGGCUUUGCUGAAGAGGGCCUAGCACAAGCACGAGAUAACGACGGCUUCUGA